AUGACAGGCCAGCCCAGCAAAUUCACUCUAAAAUCAGACUGUAAGAUACUUAAAGAAGUUGCCAAGAACCCUCAGAUUUCAUCCCAGGCUCUGCAGGUAACUCUUGCAGCUGUUGGUGUCAACGUGCAUGAGUCUAGCAUCAGAAAAACAUUGCGCAACUUUGAUCUGCAUGGAGAUCUCUCUGGAAAAGUGUUCACCUUUCCAAUGGAGUCCGACCAGGUCCAUGUGAAACUCAUCCCCAAUAUGAACAAGAGCCUGCAUACCGCGACCGUUUGCCUCCGGUUCUUCUCAGAUCUCCACCGCGAUCAGAGUAUCUUCUCACUGGCCAUGCCUUUCUGCUUUAAGAGCUACAGCCUGGGGUGUACGAGAUACGGUCUGAAUGAAUGGGCCUCCGCCUCCGCCGCCUGGUUAUCGGACACAGGGCUGGCCCAGCUGUGGAUGAACGGGAAGCCCGGUGCCAGGAAGGCGCUAGACCCUGGUAGGACCGUAACUGGACGUCAUAGCAUAAUCCUGGGCCAGGACCUAGACAGUUAUGGCGGGGGGUUUGACGCCAAGCAGUCAUUUGUCGGCCUCGUUACGGACGUGCGCGUGUGGGACCACGCCCUCUCGCCACAUGACAUUUACCAUUUCACACAGGACUCGAUGUUUUCGCCAGGGAACAUACUCAAGUGGAGUGACCUGCAGUACUCCAAGCAGGGUUAUGGUGUGGUGGAAGACAAGCAGAACCUUGUCUCGCAGACUGGGUAG